CUUUAUUCUCCUCUUUCCAUUUACAAAAAGACUUGUAAGUCUCUCUCUCUCUCUUUGUCUCCCCCUCUUUUUAGCUGUACAAUACAUACAUAUAUGGCCACCGAGACAACCUCUUUGAAACUCUUUGGCAUAAACCUUCUUGAAACAACCUCGGAUCCAGAUCAAACACCCGAACCAAGAUCCGAACCAGGAUCCGAAUCACGGAAGUACGAGUGUCAAUACUGUUGCAGGGAGUUUGCAAAUUCACAAGCUCUUGGUGGUCACCAAAACGCUCACAAGAAAGAGCGUCAGCUUCUUAAACGUGCACAGAUGUUAGCCUCUCGUGGUCUGCCACGUCAUAACAACUAUCACCCUCACGCGAAUCCUCUUCUCUCCGCCUUCGCGCCGCCGCAUAUGAUGAUCUCUCCUUCUUCCUCGACUUCUAAGUGGUUAUACGGUGAGCACGUGUCGUCGCAAAAAGCUGUUGGUCCCAUGUAUUUUCACGGUGGUUACGAGAGAAGGGGGUUUUAUGGUGGGGGGAUGGAGACUAUGGCCGGAGAUAUUAGGGCUCACGGUGGAUCUUUGCCGGAGAUGAGGAGGUUUGCCGGAGAGAAUGAUCGUAGUAGCGAAGUCAAGUUAGAUAAUGGUAUUGGACUUAAUCUCCAUUUAAGUCUUGGGCCAUGAUUGAUUUUUAAGUUGGCCCAAUUAAAAUCUGUAAUAUACUACUCGGAUUUGAUUAUUAUAGAGUAGGUUUUCUGUGGUGAAUUUUUUUCCUUACUUUACCAAAUAUCAUGUUCUAUCAUAGAACUUCUAUGUGUGCGUUUGCUUUGACCUUUUUUAUUCAUCUUGUAAAAAUGUUAUGUGAAUGCCUUAUUAUUCUGUUUUUUUAUUCAGUUAUAC